AUGUUUCGUUCACAAUUAAUUAAGUCUUCGAGAAUAGUUACACGUUCCUAUGCUAAUGCUGCUGAAGCAACGUCCAUUGCUGGUGGAUUAAAGUUGAACUUUGCUUUACCACAUGAGACUCUGUACAAAGAUACUUUGGUUACUCAAGUGAAUCUUCCGGCCCAAAGUGGUAAAAUUGGUGUUUUAGCUAACCAUAUUCCUACUGUAGAGCAAUUAACACCAGGUGUAGUUGAAGUUUUAGAAGAUGGAAAAACAUCUAAGAAAUUUUUUAUCCCAGGUGGAUUUGCUACAAUGCAACCAAAUUCAUUACUUUGUGUUACUGCGGUAGAAGCGUUUCCUUUAGAAUCUUUUUCUCAGGAAAAUAUUGCCCAAUUAUUAAGUAAGGCUAAGGAAAAGGCUACAUCUCAAGAUGAAAAGGUUUCUGCCAUUGCCAAACUUCAAGUUAACGUUUUAGAAGAACUACAAAAUGCCUUAAAGUGA